AUGACCUUACUGAGUCUACCAGUACUUGUUAUUGAAAAUAUAUUCUCUUAUUUAACUUACGAUGAAAUAGCUAAAAACAGAUUGGUAUCGAGAGCAUUCAAUGAAAUAUGUAUGCGUCUGUUGAACCGAGGAUUCCUCGUUAUAGAAAGACGUCAUGCAUUAGCUCUGAAGAGUGUGAAAGCUCAACUGCCGAGAAGGGAAUCAGAACGGAGAUAUCACCCUCUGGCCCGACACUGUGAUAUACUCACAUCAAUAGAGACUCGUAUAUCGAUGUUGAACAUGACGUACUCCAAAUUCAUUGACAUCGGAAUAUGUUGCUUUAUACCGGGACGGGUGAUAGAUGAAAUAAAACGCGUCUUAUCUAUAGUAGAGGGUCCACAAACACCGCCGCGCGUACACGAAGUAUUACAGGAAUUGAGAGAUAUAUCAAGUAUGGCGAUAGAACAUUUCGAUGAUAAAAUAUCACCGGCUUUUAGGAAGAGGCUGCAAGAAGGUGUUACUUCACCAGCGCCAAGACCUGUACAGGGUGUGAUGUCACCUUUAGUUCUUCGUCAGGAGUUGGUUCAUCUACGUCGGCGCUCGAUCCUCAACGCAAAGCUCUCUUUAUUCCUCGCUUCACAGUACAAGAAUUUCCACAAACGAAUGUUUGAGUACAAAAAAAUUGCUUGGAGACAAAGACGCACUAUAAGAGAAUUAUCAAGAAGACAACGAGAUCAAGAUAAUGCUAUAGCGGAACUGAAAAAACGUAUAGAAGAGUGUGAUAUUAAAUACAGUGAACUAACACACACCAAUCAAGCUGUGGGAGGGAAAGUUAUAGCAGCGUCGUCGUGUGAUCGCUCCUCAUCUCAGCCUCUCCGUCACUUCAGCAGUCAGAUCAAACUGGACCUAUCCGUGUUACCGAUAGGGACCUCCAAAAGGAAUACGAAUAAACUGUUGCCAAACAUGAAGCCUCGAAAGCCCGUAAUAAAAUUCCCCAGUAUAUCUGAAGACACAGAAAUGGAAUCGAACCCGGGACCUUCGAGCCCAAAAACUAAAACACAAUCAACACUCGCGAAAAUAAGAGGCAUUGCUAACGAGAUACGCCAUCUAUCGAACUUAUCAAAAAACUUCGAUAGUAAAUUAAAGCGCCCUCUAGCGGAUGCAGAGGAAACUGAUCCGAAGAAAAUUAAAAUUGAUUAA